AAAUUAAACUAAGUUAGUUAGGAAGAGUCAAUUCAACCUCAAUUAACAAUUAUCAUACGCCUCUACGCGUUAAAAGUUUCCACAUUCCAUAGUAAAAUGAUUCAAUUCAAAGCAUGAAAAGACAAAGUCAAUGCCCCAGCCACCGAAGCCCACCCCCACAAUCUAUAUUCUCAUCCAACACUUGAUUCAGGACUUUUCUCAAACACAUGGUGAUCAUCCCCACAAACCCUAAUUCCCUGUAACAACAAUCACCAUGACCUCCACCCCUCUUGUAAAACCUCUUCUCUUAGCUUGUUUUGUUAUAUCCUGUAUCUAUACAUCUGUAAUUGCUGAGGAUGAUGUGACUUGCUUGCAAGGGUUUAAAGAUUCAAUUCAGGAUGUAGAUAAUAAGCUAUUUGAAUGGAGCUUUGGUAAUACAACUGUUGGGUACAUCUGUAAGUACACUGGAGUCACUUGUUGGAAUGAUCGUGAGAAUCGUGUUGUAAGUCUCGAAUUACGGGAGUUGAAUCUUGCUGGUCAGUUACCGAAGGCGUUACAAUCUUGUCAUAAUAACUUGCAAACUCUUGUGUUGGCUGGUAAUAACUUUUCGGGUUCAAUACCGGAUAAGAUUUGUAGUUGGUUGCCUUUUUUGAGUACUUUAGAUUUAUCGGGUAAUAAGUUUGUUGGAUCAAUACCGGCGUCGUUGGCUGAUUGUACUUAUUUGAAUAAUCUUAUAUUAAGUGAUAAUCAGCUGUCGGGAGAGAUACCUGUUCAGUUAACUAGUUUGAAUCGGCUUAAGAAGUUUUCUGUUUCAAAUAAUGCUUUGAAAGGGACGGUUCCAUCCGCGUUUAGUAAAUUUGAUGAAUCAGAUUUUAGUGGGAAUAGUGGACUUUGCGGUGGACCGUUGAAGAAGUGUGGUGGUUUGAGUAAGAAGAAUCUUGCGAUUAUUAUUGCGGCUGGUGUGCUCGGUGCAGUUGGAUCGUUGUUGUUAGGGUUUGGGUUGUGGUGGUGGUGUUUGAGGUCAAAUAGGAGGAAGAAAGGGAGCGGAUAUGGGGGAGAAGAUAGUGAGAGUUGGGUUGAGAAGUUGAGGGCUCAUAAGCUUGUUCAGGUUUCUUUGUUUCAGAAACCGCUUGUGAAGGUCAGGUUGGUGGAUUUGAUGGCUGCCACAAAUAAUUUUGAUGGAGCGAGUGUUAUUAUAACUGCUAGGACUGGAACAACCUAUAAGGCUGUUCUUCCUGAUGGGUCUGCACUGGCAAUUAAGCGGCUAAGUAGGUGUAAGCUGAGUGAGAGGCAAUUUGGUUUUGAAAUGAAUAGAUUGGGGCAGCUUAGGCAUCCAAAUCUAACUCCAUUAUUGGGUUAUUGCUUGGUGGAAGACGAGAAGCUUUUGGUAUAUAAGUACAUGUCUAACGGAACAUUGUAUUCAAUGUUGAAUGGGGGGAAUGCUAGUGAGCUAGACUGGGAAACCAGGUUUAGAAUUGGUUUGGGUGCUGCAAGGGGGCUUGCUUGGCUUCAUCAUGGGUGUUAUCCUUCUAUAUUGCACCAGAAUAUUAGCUCUAAUAUGAUACUCUUGGAUGAAGACUUUGAUGCUCGUAUAAUGGAUGUUGGAUUGGCUAAGCUUAUGACAUAUUCGGAUCCCAAUGAGCGUGGCCUUGUAAAUGGAGAGUUGGGUGAGCUUGGUUAUGUAGCUCCAGAGUACUCGAGCACAAUGGCUGCUUCUGGAAAAGGGGACGUUUACAGUCUUGGGGUAGUGUUUUUGGAGUUGGCUACUGGUCAGAGAUGUCUUGAAGUUAGUGGUGCUGAAGAAGGAUUUAAGGGAAAUUUGGUGGAUUGGGUGAAUCACCUUUCUGUUUCUGGUCGAAUUAAAGAUGCAAUUGAUAAACGGCUCCGUGGAAGGAAACAUGAUGAAGACAUUGAACAGUUUUUGAGAAUUGCAUGCCAUUGUGUGGAAACUGUGCCCAAAGAUAGGUGGUCAAUGUUCAAGGUCUAUGAAUCUCUGAGGAUUAUUGCAGAGGAACAUGGCUUCUCGGAACAAUAUGAUGAAUUUCCAUUGCUUUUUGGCAAAGAAGAUAUGGAUAAGGUAAUAUAGUUACUGUUGCUGAAAGGUGUUGUAAGCAUGAAAAUGUGGCGUAAAUGUUCUCUGGUAAUUCCUGCAUCAUGUGGUAAGUACUCAGACUAUCGAUGUAUCUUAUCUAAAUCCCGCUUUUGUCUUCUUUCUGUAAUACAAUUCUAUAUAUCAGGUAUAACUGUACUAUACAUUAGGAAUUUUAAUAUGCUUUUCCUAUUUAUGAAAUUAUUGUUGUCUGCUUGUGUGCA